GGGUGGAGGAAGGAGACCAGAGCAGGAAGCGCAGCGGCGAGGCGGCGGCGGCGGCGGCGGAGGCUGAGCUGGUGGUGGCCGAGGCGGAAGAGACAGCUCCAGGGGGUGGCAGCGGCCCUUGGGAGCAGGAUGCGGGUCCGGGUCGGGCUGACGCUGCUGCUCUGGGCAGUGCUGCUGGGCUCGGCCUUGGCGUCCUCGGAUGAAGAAGGCAACCAGGAUGAAUCCGUAGAUUCCAAGACUUCUGUUCCGUCAGAUGAGUCGGUAGAGAACCAUAGCCCAGCAAGCAGAGUAAUCGCUGGUCAGAUAUUCCUUGAUUCAGAAGAGUCCGAAUUGGAAUCACCUCCUCAAGAAGAGGAAGACAACCUCAGAAUCCAAGAAGGGGAAAGCAUCGCAGAAGAAAUCAGCUUUCUAGAAUCUCCAAACCCAGAAAACAAGGACUAUGAAGAGCUGACGAAAGUACGGAAACCAGCCCUGACCGCCAUUGAAGGCACAGCGCACGGGGAGCCCUGCCACUUCCCUUUCCUGUUCCUGGAUAAGGAGUACGACGAGUGCACCUCGGACGGGAGGGAAGACGGCAGACUGUGGUGUGCCACCACCUACGACUACAAGGCGGACGAGAAGUGGGGCUUCUGCGAGACUGAAGAAGAGGCUGCAAGAAGACGGCAAAUGCAGGAAGCGGAAAUGAUGUACCAGACCGGGAUGAAAAUCCUCAACGGAAGCAACAAGAAAAGCCAAAAAAGAGAAGCUUAUCGGUAUCUUCAGAAGGCAGCAAGCAUGAACCACACCAAGGCCCUGGAGAGAGUGUCCUAUGCUCUCUUGUUCGGUGAUUACCUGACACAGAAUAUCCAGGCAGCAAAAGAGAUGUUUGAGAAGCUGACCGAGGAAGGCUCUCCCAAGGGACAAACUGCUCUUGGCUUUCUCUAUGCUUCUGGACUUGGUGUUAAUUCAAGUCAGGCAAAGGCCCUUGUUUAUUACACAUUUGGAGCGCUUGGAGGCAACCUAAUAGCCCACAUGGUUUUGGGUUACCGAUACUGGGCUGGCAUCGGGGUCCUCCAGAGCUGUGAAUCCGCACUGACUCAUUAUCGUCUUGUGGCCAAUCAUGUUGCUAGUGAUAUCUCGCUGACGGGAGGCUCAGUGGUGCAGAGAAUACGGCUGCCUGAUGAGGUCGAAAACCCAGGAAUGAACAGCGGAAUGCUCGAGGAAGACUUGAUUCAGUAUUACCAGUUCUUAGCUGAAAAGGGGGAUGUGCAAGCCCAGGUUGGUCUGGGACAGCUGCACCUGCACGGAGGCCGUGGAGUAGAACAGAACCAUCAGAGAGCAUUUGACUACUUCAACUUAGCAGCAAAUGCUGGCAAUUCCCAUGCCAUGGCCUUCUUGGGAAAGAUGUACUCAGAAGGAAGCGAUAUUGUACCUCAGAGUAAUGAGACGGCUCUUCACUACUUUAAAAAGGCUGCUGACAUGGGCAACCCGGUUGGACAGAGUGGGCUUGGAAUGGCUUACCUCUACGGGAGAGGAGUUCAAGUUAAUUAUGAUUUGGCACUGAAGUAUUUCCAGAAAGCUGCUGAACAAGGCUGGGUGGAUGGGCAGUUGCAGCUUGGCUCCAUGUACUAUAACGGCAUUGGAGUCAAGAGGGAUUACAAACAAGCCUUGAAGUACUUUAACCUAGCUUCGCAGGGAGGCCAUAUCUUGGCUUUCUACAACCUGGCUCAGAUGCACGCCAGCGGCACCGGUGUCAUGCGAUCGUGUCACACUGCGGUGGAGUUGUUUAAGAAUGUAUGUGAACGGGGCCGGUGGUCUGAGCGGCUGAUGACUGCUUACAACAGCUACAAGGACGGGGACUACAACGCUGCUGUGAUCCAGUACCUCCUGCUGGCCGAGCAGGGCUACGAAGUGGCGCAGAGCAACGCAGCCUUCAUCCUCGACCAGAGAGAAGCGACCAUCGUAGGUGAGAAUGAAACUUACCCCAGAGCUUUGCUUCACUGGAACCGGGCCGCCUCACAAGGCUAUACUGUGGCUAGAAUCAAGCUUGGAGACUACCACUUCUAUGGCUUCGGCACGGAUGUGGAUUACGAGACCGCGUUUAUCCACUACCGCCUCGCGUCUGAGCAGCAGCACAGCGCACAGGCCAUGUUUAACCUGGGCUACAUGCAUGAGAAAGGACUGGGCAUUAAACAGGAUAUUCACCUUGCAAAGCGUUUUUAUGACAUGGCAGCCGAAGCCAGCCCAGAUGCUCAAGUACCAGUCUUCUUAGCACUCUGCAAGUUGGGCGUUGUCUAUUUCUUGCAGUACAUACGGGAAACAAAUAUUCGAGACAUACUCACCCAACUUGAUAUGGACCAGCUCUUGGGACCCGAGUGGGACCUUUACCUCAUGACCCUCAUCGCGUUGCUGUUGGGAACAGCGAUCGCCUACAGGCAGCGGCAGCACCAGGGCGUGGCUGUGCCCAGGCCCCCGGGGCCACGGCCCGCCCCACCGCAGCGGGAGGGGCCUCCAGAGCAGCCGCCGCCGCAGUGACCCGCCGCGCCCCCGCCGCUGGCAGACAAUGAGGGUUUGCUGAGAACGCUUGCAUUCAAUGUAGGACUUUGGAUCAGUGGUCGCCACCUCCUGGAAGAGGCACAGGAAGCGUUGAAUUCCUAAAGCUGCUUGGAAUCUGAUGCCUUUAUUUUCAGGGAUAAGUAACUCUUACCUAAACUAAGUUGAAUGUCCGUUUCAGUGCCGUACGGAAUAACAGCUCUCAGUGGCUUCCCCUGCCCCCCUUUUUUUACCCCGGAAACAUUUGCAAGACGCUCACAGUGGUCAUGUCCGCUGUGUCCAGCUGUCUUUCUUGGGUCCCUUCGGUCACUCUUUCAGUGUGCAUAAGUUCUGUCAGCUGUCUUGAAGGUCUUAUGCAUUGACACUAGAACUGAUCAAUGAAAAAAGGAAAACCCAGUUAGUUGCAAAUUUAACCUUAACAUGUUUGAAAGUCUGAAAAUAGAACUUGCCUUUUAAGAAAAAAAAAAAGUCCUCAAAGUGUUCCAGAACUGUGAUAACCAAGGACCUUUGAUCAGUCCAUGUGCAAGUAUACAUAUGCAGCAUAUUUGUUCCUUUAAAAGGGAAGGUUGGGCGGUUUCUUAUUAUUGGUGAUUGAUUGUCAUACUUUAUACCAUACUUCUCUCCUUCAAAGACUGAAAGGCCUUGUUAAAGAGUUUUAUGUGAACUUCAUUUUCUUGGAGUGGAGUACAUAGAAGACUUUGUGAACUGACUCCUUGAGCUAACACACGAACUUGCCCCACCCACUCACUGUCAUUUGCUUGUUUGUUACAAGUAUGCAGAGCCUUUAUCUGGAGCCAGAGGCUGGACUGAACGGGAGAAUUAGAAAGCAAUAUUGAAGAACUCCGGGUGGGGUACCAGGAUCACAGACACACUUUCCCAAAAGUUAACGCUUCUGUUCCCAGGAUUCAUUUUAUUAAUACUUUGCAUUUCUUACGGCAAAAGAACAGACCACCCUCCUGAAUUCUUUAAAUGUGAAAUAUCCUUGCCAGGCUAUGGCAAACAGAAACUACCAUUACAAUACUAAAACUCUAGCGAGUCAGAGAUGCAUUAAAAUCAGUGGUUGAAGAAAGCUACUAAAGCCUCCUUGUUCAGAUAGAUUUUUAUUUCUGCAGCUUGAUGUAAUGGGAGAAAAUCAACCACUUGCGUAGCUACCAUGUUUCAUCACCGUCCCACUGUUAACAGGAGGAAAAGCAAGGCUGUUACACUUCAGAGCUGUCUGCUUAAGGAGCACGGAGAAAAGCCGCCACAGCACCCACAGAGACCACUGAGAACAUCACAUACACAAAUGAAACACUUCAGCCAAACUCAUACUCCUUUUUACGGUUGGAUGGCAGCGUUCGCCAGCCUGUAUCCAAUCUGAGGCCCGUUUAGCGUCUGAGCAGGCUUUCUGCGCUUGCUGACCUCCGUCUGUUUCUAUGAAUCUUUAUACUCUUUUCAUAACCCCUCAUGUGCCAGAAAACUUGAAGAGUUCCUUACCUGUAGACUUGUAAAACUUUGGUUUUUGAAGUGGGAAUUGUAUUUAGAACUAGGUCUAAUCAGUCCGUAAGGAAGCUGAGGGCUCUAAAUGUGAAGUUGUGUGCUUGUGUGUGUGUGUGUGUGUGUGUAGAGCAUUAUGAGAAAUCUGGUGAGCAAACUUUCCUCCUGGAUAGUUGCUUCUAAACCUGAAGAGGUGGUCACAGCGAGAACCAUGUGUAAGUGCAGAUCUGAAAGGUAGGACAUUUUACCCUCAGAAAUGUAAUGUCGCUUUGGGCAGCUCAUGUAAAACUGAGACUUCUGUUCACUCUCUUAUGUGAGAGAUUCGCUUGCAUUUGGUACAGGAUGUUCAUGUCUUCACCCCUGCCUCUUCUCCCCACCCUUCAAAAUAAGUAUGAUCCACGAUCACAGCCACUCUCCGUUUCAAAGAAACUGUUUCAGUUUAUUUAAACGUUUAACAAAUAACUUCCAUGUUUUUCUGUCACCCACCUAAUUUCUCCUUUAGCAGUAUUCUUAUCUCUUUAUCUUUCCUUCCCUCUUAGUACUUGGAAAAAGACAAUUCUUCAACAGUGGUCUUACCCCGAGGCAGACGGGAAAGGCCGGUCUUGUUCUCCGGUGAUGACAGACCUCCUGUUGGCGUACCUCUUGCCCGUGUCCGUUUUAUUCAUCUUGCAAAUCGAUCUUUUUUCUGUUGGCCUCUGUCCACCUCCUGUUUCACGCAGGCUCAUUUGCUACUGGCAGUUUGAAUGGUAAAUCUAAAAUAGCUUAGUUCCUGUGACUUCAUUCAAAGACUUGUCUCGAAAUCCUUGGCUCCCUUCCUCGGCCUGUACAAGGGACCUGAUACCUAAACAAAUAGGAACGGGGUUUCUCCUAAAAUAACGCUCAAUACGUAACCUAAUCAAAUGGCAUCCAUUUGAAUACAAUGACAGUAACUCAAGCUAGUUAAUGUCAGUGACAUUAAACCAACUCCAGGAUUCAGGAGUUUUAAUGUUAGGAUUUAGAGUUAGCAGGUAGAGUGUGGCUUCACCUCUCCUCGGUAGCCCAGCUCUCCCCGUCCCUGUGAGAGGCUGUGUUCCUGCCUCCGGGGCAGCGGCAGUAGGGCCUUUGCUCAGCUUCCGUUCUCUUGUGCGUUCGGUCUGUUGUUUAUCCAACCGUUCCAGAGUCUGGAGACUCUUUAGCUUUUUGUUUUCUGCUAAGAAGGUGGCACUGGUGUUUGGGGUUUGCUACUGGUUUUCUGUUUUGGUUUGAUUUUUUUCCUUUUUGUUCUUGGAGCUUUUGUUUCUGUUUUCUGGGUAAGGCUUACCUUGUUUUUAGUUUCUAUUCAAUGGCACAGAAAAAUCAGAAGGUUUCUUUUCUUCCAAAAUGAUUUAGCACUUAAAGGAGAUUAACUUGCGGAUCAUUAAUCCUAAUACUCUUGAGGAUGUGUUCCCCUUCUGCAUAUGCGGUUAAUUUGUGAGAGUUUUACUGCUAAGCCAUUGUAUCUCUGUAUCACUGGGAAGUUGUAGAAACUUCUGCCCAUGAUCUGUUGCUUUAUUUAAGGAGCUGCUGUUGCCUCCAGGAAACUCAAGAAUUUUGUAUGAGCUUUUUUUUUUCUUCCCGCUCCUUUAUUUGCUCCUCAUGUUCUUCAAACCAGUGUUUUGGAAGUAUGCAUGCAAGCCUAUAAAUGAAGACCACAGGUCUUCAUGUAUGUAGCAUGUGUAUUAUAGUGUCUAGCUACAUCUGCAAACACCUUAUUUCAGAGGUUUGGAUUAACAUUUCACAUGCACAUUUCAAAACAAAAGUUUUUCAGCUGUUAAACACCCCCCUUACCAAGAAGAGCAGCAUGGGCUACAUUUACCCCAAUAACAGCUACUGUUUGUUUUAAAAGUGAAUUUAAUUAUAUGUUAUACAAUAUUAUGACUACCACUGUGCAAGAAAUAAAGCAAAAAGAACUUCUAUUUUCAUCAAAGUAUUUUUCAUCAGUCAUUGGUCUCAGAUACAAGUGAAAAUACAAACUUUCUGAAUACUGUACUGUCUGAGGCACUACGUGACUUUUAAAUGUGUAGUAAAAAGAAGCUAAAUUUCUCCUUCCACUUGGUAUUUCAAGAAGAUUGAAAAUAUUCCAUGUAAAAAUGAUUUGCACAAGUGAAAAGCCUGUGUGUGCACAAGAAGGAUGUCUUGGUUAUAUGUAGAGCCAUCUCACAGCACCAGUUCUCCUGUUUGGAAUUAUAAGAUGACACUGUUCUCUUUGAUUUAAAACAAAAUCAUAAUAUUUGAUAUGAUCAAGGUGUAACCACUAUUGAUAUUUAGGAGACAUUUUAAAAGACCAUAAACUGACAUUGGAAAGAACACCAUGGUAGACUUUUUGUACAUUUAUUUUGUAUUUAAUUAAAUUCAGUAUAAAGGCUGGUGAAGUGUAAUAUAAUUGUGUAAACAAAUCCUGUUAAUAGAGAGAUGUACAGAUUCGUUUUGUACUGUAUCUUGAAACUUGUGAAAUAAAGAUUCCACCUCUGGUUA